AAAUAAAGUUACAGUUCAGUAAGCUGACAAGUGAAGCCUGUGAUUGAGGUGAAGAUGUUUGUGCUGUGCUCAGUAAAUUUUCUCCUCCUCAUCUCUGCAGAAACCACAAACACAUUGGAGAUGAUGUCAGGAAGCCAUGAGCCUGCAGCACUCAGUGUUGAAGUGUGUGUGAAGAGCUCGUGGAGUUUAGAGGUGCGAUGGACCGAGCACCAAAAUAGUGCAAGUUCAGCUCAAACCUACCAGGUCCAAAUCGGACAAAGUAAUCAUUUUAAUAUCGUUACUCAGACUAAUGUGAGGAAGGAAGCUGGAGUUCAGAUUGUUUCGUGGAUUUGGACCUCAGCACUGCCGCUACAGUGUGCUGAUCACUUUGUACGGAUCAGACGCGUUCCCGGCUCAUGGACUGACUGGACGUCUCAUUAUGUCUGCUUUGUGUUUUUAGGUCAGCAGAAUGUUAGCUCCAACAAAUUGAGGUUGUUCCCAAAUGAGGAGUUUUUGCAGGAAGGAUCAUCCUUCUUUUUCUGCUGCAUCCCUCCUGAUGGAGCUAGAGUUACUGCCCUCAGCUUCUCCAACACCCCGUACCCGCUGAUCAACAUCAGCCACCGUGUCCAAGCCAUCAGAGUACUGGGACUCAACACCACUAAGAUGGUCGUGAACCUCAUCUGCCAGGACGACUCAGGAAACCAGCAAGCGGUGUUAAACUACGUCACCUAUCCUCCUGAGAAGCCGAAGAACCUGAGCUGUGAGACGAGGAACCUGAAGAACAUGGUGUGUUCAUGGACACCAGGCAGAGCACCCAACCUGAGCGGUGUUCGAAACUGUCGAUACACACUCCAUAUCCUGAACUCAAAUGGACUGAUGUUCCCAUGUGAUGAGAGACCUUCCUCCUGCCAGUUCCCUGUUCUUCCAGAAAUUAUUUUCUACAACAUCUCUGUGGUGGUGAAUAACAGCCUGGGGGAGGAGAGAGAGAGCUACGCCUUCAACAUCACACACAGAGUGUGUGUGUGUGUGUGUGUGUGUGUGUGUGUUCUUCAAAUAGUGUUUCCUGUCCUCGAGGACAUGGUCGUGAUUCCUGGUUCACUGCAUGCUGAAGUGUAUUGGACUUUAGAUGGGAAUUUUACAGGCCUUCAGUUAAUGUGUCAGAUAACCAUGGAACCGAUAAACACAACUACAGAGCUGCAGUGUGUAGGUAUGGAGUGUGUGAGAAAUCUCAGCGUGUGUGUGCAGCAGUUGCUGCCGAGCUCUCAGUACUCCACCAGGGGACGCUGUGCAGUGCAGCACAACAGUUGGGGCUCAUGGAGCACAACACACACCUUCAGCACAGAGCCAUUGGUGACACUGGAUGUCUGGAGGAAGAUUGAGGAGAACCAUCACAGCCGCAGAAUCAGGGUUCUGUGGAGAACCUUCAGCAGCAGCUCACACUCCAGAGUGAAGGUGUAUGAAGUAUGUGUGCAGCAGCAGGAAGAGAACACAGUGUGUGUGACUGUCACAGAGAUGCAGGCAAACUUUACAGUGGGGGGUGGAGUGUGUAACGUGUCUGUGAGAGCGUGUACACACACAGGACUGUCCCUGCUAUCUUCUAUUACAGUUCCUGCACAGAAAACAGCCCCUAACACAAUGGAGAAGAGGAUUGUGGGUAAUGCAGAUGGUUUCCUGUUGAUCUGGUCUGGACUCUCCUCAGCUACAUGUGGCUACACCAUAGAGUGGUGCAUGAUGGAUAAUUUGGAAUCAUGUGAAGUGCAGUGGAGAAAAGUCUCAGCUAAUCAAACAUCGUUAUUUCUCAGUGCAAAUGAGUUCAAAGUGGGCUAUAGAUACAUGUUUAAUAUCUACAGCUGUGACUCAGAUGGACAUCAGAUUUACGAGAGACACAUUGGAUAUCUGAAGGAACAGAAGCCCCUGCAGGCUCCUGAUGUGUGUCUUUCUCCAGGUGUAAGUUCUCACUCCAUCACACUGGAGUGGAGAUUCGAUGAGGAAAAUCCUGCUCACCCCGGAUUUAUCACAGGAUACACACUGACCAUACACACAGGGCCCAAUAACACACAAGGUGUGUACAGUGUGACAGUAGAAUAUCCUCAUUGUGUGCACAGUGUGACAGUAGAUGAUCCUCACUGUAAGAGAGUGACAGUUGAAGGUCUGUGCGAGUCUCAGCGUUACACACUCCAGCUAGCUGCUUGUACAAAAGCUGGCUGUGGACCUAAGAGUGUGUAUACUGUUAGAACACUGCCGAAAUAUCACAUGCUGGUUCUGAAGGUCGUGACUCCUCUCCUCCUCCUGAUUGGCUGUUGCUGUUGCCUGUGGUCUUACAGAAACAUUGUGAGGGGAAUCAUUGUGGAUGUGUUUAUUUUCCCCAAACACUACAACAUGAAGAUGAUGGAGCUCGAUGAUGAUGUGUAUAAGGUGAGUGAGGAGAUUGGUGCUCUGGCAGUGGAGGAGUGUGAGAGCUGCAAUGUGGAGAUCAUGGAACAGGAAGUUCACUUGCAUUCUUUCUCAGAUCCUGGUUCAGAUAAUGAGGAGUUAAUGACAGCGACGAACCCGACUUACCUGCUGCUCUCCAAAACACCAGAACAUGCAAAGCAUUGUGGGUCUAGCAGCAGCAGCUACGUCAUUUACACUUCAUCACGCUAAGGCCAUAAACCAUUAACACUCCAAUGAAAUAAAAUAGAAUUUGAAUAAAAAAAGAUUUCAUGCACAAAUCUCUUCACAAACAGCUCCAUUUUACACCUGCGGCAGAUUUAUUGCACCAGUGUGGAGUGAUGGAGAAGUGUGGAGUGACUGAGAAGAGUGCAGUAAUGGAGCCAUGAUGGUUCUUUGUGCAGUAAUCUGUCACAUGGUGCAUCAAGGAUAGGAGUCCAGAGGAUCUUGUAGCAGAUAACAGAUAGAAAGGAAAGAAACCAAUCUUGGAACAUUUCAAUUAAUCAUCUUUAUUUUGUUCCAAAUGUUCUAAUAUAAAUAUAUUUCAGUAAAAAAAUUAGUCUACAAAACACACAAACUAAUAAAGAUAUAUUUUGCUAAUUAAAGUGUGUAGUUUUUUAAAUGUGUUGUAGUAUAUUUGAGUGAAUUAAUAUUGUCUGUAUAUAGAAGCUGGAAAGCAGCAGAAGUUCUAAGAUCCUGUAUCUGUCUCUGGUCUACAUUUCCCAGAAUCCUGUGCAGCAGCUAGCUUGUAAAUAUGGCAGCAGAAAACAGGAAGAGAAAAAAUAAAGCAACUGUAAUAUUUGUAUAAAGGAACAGAGUUAAUAUGUAUGUUUUCCUGUUCAUUUGGUUUGUUAUCAGAGAGCCGCUCUGACUGUCAUCUAUUCUCCUGCUCCAUCAAUACAUACUGUGUGUCACGGACGUGCAAAAACACACACUCGCACACGAGGAUUUCUUUAAAUCUUUUUAAUAGAAAAAACUGAAAUAAUUCAGGUUGGCUGAAGGAUGUACAGUAUUGCAGAUACAACCACAGCAGAGGCACUCACAUAUGCUCUAUGAAUGUAUGUUGU